GUACUCCCCUUUUUGUGUGAAGGAAAAUCUCCCUCAGUCGCAUCCAAAGCCGAUCAAGCUGAAGAGACAUAUCAGCGACUUGAACUAGCGGGCGGCUGCACCAUCACACCGCUUCUAAUCAGCGACCUGUGCUUUAGUCUCAAACCGUUACAACACGUUAACUGGAUUUUAUUUUGUAAACUUACUACACCUAAUGUGAGAGAGUGGCAAAUAAUACUGGAAUAUCAAACAAAAGAGAUGGGUGCCUUUGGGGUGAUAGUAGGGACUUUACAUUACAUGGGACUCUACAUCCAACUUACUGCCUCCACAAGGCAAGGUGGACACGCAGAGUUAGUGAACCACAUCUCCGGGAACGCUGUGUUCACAGAGGUUCCCCAUGACAUCACAGCACAGAGUGGCCAGGACGUGGAGAUGGCGUGCUCCUUCCGGGGGGCAGGCCCCUCCUACUCCCUGGAGAUCCAGUGGUGGUACAUCAGAAACCACAGAGACUGGACGGAGAAACAGCCCUGGACCACCAAUCAGGUUGUACCCCAGGAUGAGAUGUCAAAGGAUGCUACCAAAAUAAGUGUGGUGAAGGUUGCCGGGAGCAACAUCUCCCACAAGCUUUGUCUGUCCAGCGUGAAGCCGUCUGACGAGGGCACAUACGAGUGCCGCGUGAUCGACUUCAGCGACACCGACAGCAACGCCCGCCACCACAAGGUGAGGGCCUACCUGCAGGUGGAGUCAGAGAGAAACCAGAACCCGAAGCUGCGCCACCAUGGAGAAGACUUCCAACCCCAGGACACCAAGGGACUGGCGAGCAGCAGGCACCAGCCGGAGCAUGGCAAGCACUCGCCAGCAGCCCACCACAGCCACCACAAACCAACAAGCACUGGCAAGGAGCUGAGGAAGAGGUCUGCGGAGACUGGCAGCGCUACUGACUGUACUGACAGCUGUCCUCUACACCUCACAGCUCACCCAUAGCCUCCUCUGCCUGUUUGGUCUGGCCUCAGCCCCACACCCCGGGUGGGUAGUUCCAGUCCCGGAGGGCCGCAGCGCAAUGUACCCAGACCUCUGAUUCAUCCCAGCUGAUUGCUCACCCACCCCUACCACUGCUCCAGACACCAAAGGGACUAUAUCUCAGUGCCACCUCAGUCCUAUAUCUGACCUCUGCCCUCACACUGUCACAUCAAAAACAUCCCAAGUCCUCUCCCAGGCCAAACUCUCUCCCACCCCUUCUCCUUACCACAACCCUCUAGAUCAGGGGUGGGCAACUUUGAUGGGGAUGGGGGCCACAAAAAAUCUGAACUGAUCCUGAGUGGCCACAGUGUGCGCACCCACUUCCAUACCCACACAUGCAGCCAGAGCCGGCCCGUGUUUUUCACCCUAAGCUACAUUUUGUUGGGGGGCCCCCCACCCUGCGAGCAAAACAUUUGAGCAUCCCCCACUUUUAACAAUGGAGAGAAUUUUUGGUUUGUUUUAGAGUUACUUUCCUGCAAUUUUACUCAUUUAGCCAUGGGGUGGAGACAUAUUAGCCGUGUUUAAGCUAAUUUCCUGCAAUUCUACACAUUGUGUUCUGACUUAUGCCAUGUUAAUAUAUCUGAGUGAGAGUGACAAAAAAAAUAAUUGAUGGGGGGGGGGGCCAUGAUUACUAUGUUUAGAUUGCUGGCUAGACUCAUUUACUAAUCUAAAAAUGUGUAGCUAAUUGAGUGAGUUUCAGUGACUGACAUAAGAUAAAGAUGGCUGAUGCACAACCUAACUCUCAACAGUCAAUUCCCCCAAAUUAGUUCCUAUUUAUUUCAAUACAUUGUUUUGGGUUUGAUCUGCCAGUUGCCCAUCCCUGCUCUAGAUUGUCUACACUGUACAUGUUACUGUAUAUAAUGAUAAAGAGUGCAUGUUUAACAUGUUUUCUUACUAACUUUUUCAAUCAUCUAAGAGGACGUAUAAGCUGGAAGGGUUACUUGUUGCUCUAUUCAUUUGGAUUUGUUUUCUGAGCAGUUCAUUCACUGUUUCUCCAUGGUAAAUCCAGAGUUCAGAUAAGUCCAGAUUUCCAUCCAACCAGAGCUGGAUGGAAACCAAUGUUUAUAAAGUAAAACCUGUUCAUUGUGUUUUGUGCUUUCCCAACAGAUAAUGUGGCUGUGAGAAAGACCUGAAGGAUCAUGGAAUUGUUUCUUGCUCUAACCUUUGCUUUGAUGUUUUGUAAGAAAUCAUUGUAAAAAUGUUGUACAUUUUAGAAUGUCUUCUAGGAUGUUGGUCUCGCACUAAAUUUAUGCCUUCAUCAAAUUAAAUAAAGUGUACAUGAACCUAUC